AUGCUCAUUGAUCCAAUAAUGAUAGUCAAGAUCGCAUUCUAAACAUGCAUUGUGAUAUUCAUUUCUUUAACAUUUACAGCUAUUCUCUUUGGUUAACCUGAAAAGUUAACAAGAGGAUUUGAUCCAGAUGGUAAUUUGAAUAAUAAUAAAUAGGAAUUGCAUGUGGUGCUGAUUUUGGAUCCAGAGAUUAUCCUUACAUUUAUUUCACUAAUCCAACUUCUAAUACUUUACAUUAAACAGUCUGUGUAAAAUCAUGUCCAAAACCAGAUCAUAAGAAUAGCAGUACAUAUAACAAUCAAAUUAUAUAGUGCCCAUAUAAUUAGAAUGCAUGCCUAAUUCUAUUGUUAAAUAAUGUUAAGCCAAAUUUUCUAUUGAUAAUCCAGAAACUUAAUUUUUAAUUUAUGAUACCUUUCUAUAUAAGGGAAAUAUUUGUAUGCCUAGAAAUUUAGUUUAUUAUGAGACAAUUAAAGAAAUAUCCACUCCUCCCUCUAGAUUAACUAAUACAAAUGAUGUCUACUAGAAUAGAUGGAUACUUCUUAUAUUUAUAUUAAUUGCUACCUUUGCAUCUAAAUAAUUAUUGACUUAAUUGAAGGCCAAUACCUAAUAUAGUGUUUGGGGUUUAACAUUUGGAUUAUUUAUUUUUGUGGGAACUCUUGGAGUUAUUUUUGUUUCUUAAGCCAGGGAUGCUAUCGCCAAUUCAUUAGAAACGAAAUCCAUAUCCUCCUUUUAGGUUGAUGAAGAAUACAUUUUGAAAAUGAGUAAUGUACCAAAUCCUAUUAAAUUGGUCAUCUUAUCUCUAAUUUUUGUAAUUCUAACAUUUUAUGGAGCUUAUUUCUUAUACAACAAUUAUGAUCGAAUCAAAGAUCUAUCACAAUUAUUUGAAUAAGUUGAAAAAUAUACUGCUGAUCAUGAAUACCUAUAAGAAUUAUCUUAUCCAAUCAUUUUAGUCCUUAAUUUCUUUCUAUUCUUAACUAUUUAUACAAUUCUGUAUACAUUUUAUAUAUAUUUCAAAUAGAUCAAUAAGAGCUUGCUUCGUAAUUGAAUUCUAAUAAAUUGGACCCUUUGAAAAAAUCUAAGGAGGCAUUCUCUAUUAUUUCCAAUUCUUGAUAAUAUUUUUCUUCUUUUGGGGAGUUUAAGUCAUUUUUGGAAUAAAUAACUAUAUCAUAUCAUCAUCCUUAGUAUAAUGGAUUCAAGUUGGUCAUGUUCAUAAAUAACAAUAAGAUUUUCAAUACAAUCACAAUCAAUCUUCACUUAUUUUGACUAGAUACUUUAUGCAAGAAGCCUUCUAUAAUAUAGGCAAAAUAGCAUUUGCUUCAUUACUAUUAUUGAUAUCACCAAUUAAAUUUGUAUGUGAUGCUAUAAAAGAUUGGGCUGUCAGGAGAAAAAGUGAGAAUUUAAGAAAUUUUCUUACUAAAUAUUGCUGUCUACCCUUUAUAUAGAUAUACAAAAAAACUAGACAAAUUGAAGAUGUUGUUUAUGUUGAAUAAGCAAUUAAUAGAAAGGUUAAUAUAACAGUUAAUGUAUGUUUUAAAUUUAUUGAUGACUACUUGGAAUUAAGAUAGGAAGAUUCAAAUACUGCUGAAAUUUUCGAAUAAUUAAGUACUUUAAUUCAAAUAAAUCAUAGGAAAUAUUGUUGAUUCAUUUUUAUUGAUCAUCAAAAUAUUUAUUGCAUUACUUUGUGCUAUUAUAUGUAAAUUUCUUUUGAGUUUUAAAUACUUUUCAAAAGAUAUGUAUGAAACAAAUCUCACUUCUUUGAUAGCUGCUAUAAUAGGAUAUUAUGUGGCAUCUUUAUAUUUCUAAAUCUAUUCGAUUGUUCUAUAAGGUUUGGGUUAUAUAUAUUUAAGAACGAUGAAUAUUUGUAAAAAGCAUAAUGAGAUUUAUGAAAAGGCUUAAUAAAAAAGAAAAGAUACUGCAUUUGAAACAUUUAAGACCCUUUUUAAGGUAUCUAUAAUAAUCUAUAAAAUUUAAGGAUUUUUCAGAUAUUAUGAUUCAUUUUGAAAAUAAGAUUAAAAAUUAGAAAAAUAAUAAUAAUGAACAACUUCCUAAUUGA